CUCAUCGAUUUUCCACACGCCAAUCUUCACUUCUACACACAAUUUAAUUUGCACCAAUUCCAAUUUCACACACAACACACACUAAUGGAAGUGUUUACGAUCCUCACGAUACUUUUAUUGUUCGUCUCUCACGUACAUCCUACCUCGGGUUCUAGUUCUGUGGGCCUUCAACCGUACACGAACUACAUAAAAAAAUCAUGCAACACGACUACGUACCCGGCCGUCUGCAUCAAGACGCUCGCCCCACACGCAUCCUCCAUUAAAACCAACCCCUUGAGGCUAUGCAACUACGCCCUCAAAGAAGCUAUACAGGCGACUCGCGACAGUUCUACCACCGUGUCUAAGCUUGCGAAACGAAAGGAUAUCCCGAGCAGUGAGGCCCGGGCCGUGAAGGAGUGCAUCAGCGACCUGAAAGACGCGGUCUACCAGCUGAAGCAGACGGUGAACGCCAUGGGGCAUCUGAAGGAUGGCGACAGGGAGUUUCAGUGGGCUAACGCCAAGACGUACGCCAGCGCUGCUAUUACGGAUGCUGAGACGUGCGUCGAUGAGUUCUUGGACAGGAAGGUGGAUCCGGUUGUGAAGAACAAGAUCAAAGGUUGUGUUUCUGAUGUGGAGAAGCUGAUAAGCAAUGCUUUGUCGUUGAUUAACCAUCUUUACUGAAUUGAAUUUGAUGCGGGGUUUCUCUGUUUAACGUUGAUGCAUGUGAUUCUUUGGGGAUAAUGAAAUGAUCAAUCAGGAUUUUGAUGUGAUUUGAA